ACUUAUAUAGAUAUCCGUUUUCAUGUAUCUACCGGAGGGCUGGUAUUCGGGAUUUGACGACAAAACUAUUCUUGCCGACAUCAGACCGGCGCGCAGCAGUAACGCGGGCUUGCGGUCCUCCUUUGCCAUGACAUCCUUUGGGAACGUGGGAAUGGCUUCAACACUACCAACAGAGGUCGCCAACAUAUUACCUGCGGACCCAUUCGCUCAGUUAGAGCUCGCUUCAAAAAUAGCUCAGCAUGCCCUUGCAUCUAAGGCAGCCCAGCUUGAGGCGGACGGGCAGCAGCUUCGGGAAGCACUUGUGCAGAAGCAGAGCCAGGUUAAGAUGCUGGAGCGAAGGGUCUCGACCCUGGAGCUGGAACUGCAGGAUAUGACGUCGAAGAGCAAGCAAGCCAUGGAGGAAGCUCACCGGCUGCAAAGCGAAAAGAACCUCUUGGCGGAUACCGUAAAGCGGCUGCACAAGGAGGUUGCGCGGUUGGAGGCGUUCAAGAAGAACCUGCUCGAACACCUGCACAACGACGACGAGCCGGGGCUGGAGCCCAGCGUCGCGGCUGCGGAUGUGGCCGGCGAGCGGCUGGUUUCGGAGGUGCUCAGCAGCAUCAGCAAGCCCCCAACGGCGCCAACUGCCACGUCGUACAAUGCUCGCAUGCAGCAGGCGGCAACACCGGCAUUCGCCAGCACUUCCGGCCGGCCACUCUACACGGCUUCAACGCCCCAGGCUGCGCCCGUUCCAAACCCCCAGCCGUUCGUCACGGCCGCCCCCACGCCGCAGCCGCAGUACCCGUCCAACGGUGGUGGUUCGCCGCCACGGGUUGACGGAAGGGAAUUCUUCCGGCAAGCCAGGGCCCAGCUGUCGUACGAGCAGUUCAGCCAGUUCCUCCACAACAUCAAAGAGCUAAACGCCGGACGCCAGAGCCGCGAGGAGACCCUCCGGCGCUCCAGAGACAUCUUUGGGCCAAUGCACCAGGACAUGUACGCCAUGUUUGAGGCGCUCCUGAGCAGGCACAGCGGGACUAUGCUUUGAAGGGAGUAGGCCCAGCGGCAGAGCGGUCGUCCAAGCCGUUCCUCCGCCGGCCCCCGCGCUGGAGUAUGAUGGUUAGUCGGUGGCGCUGCGGAAAGCGUCGUGGUGUGCCUACUUGUACUUGUUCGCUCGUUGGUAGUCAACAAUGCGGCGAAUCAACUCGUCCUUGGUGCCGGAAACAGCCAAUCCACGGGCUUUGAGUAGCUCCUUGAGCUGUGGGACGGUCUUGGCCUUAAGCUCGUCCGCGGUAAAUGUCGAUGGACCCGAGGGCUUGGGUGCCGAGGCGCCUGGUGCAGCAGUCGCAGUCGCGCCCUUCUGUUGCUUUUUAAGUGGUCGUUCGUCUGUGACCUCUGCUGAGGAGACGUCGAGAGGGCGCUUAGCGUGGGAUGGCUCCUUCGCCUCCCCGCCUUUUUUCAACACUGCGCUUGUGGCAUCGCGCUUUUUGACAAUUCGUAGCAGUGCCGUCGUGCUCUGAUCGGUACAAAUAAUCUGCCCUUGUGGUGGCUCUGUAUCAUGGGUGCAAACAUAGUGAAGCGCAUGCGCUUGUAUAGUAACAGACUGAAGGUCUUUACGCGUGGGUAGGUCCUUAAGGUCUGCCAGCAUGGUACCAAGUGCUAAGUGAAGCAACGUGUAACAGGGGUGCUUGACUAAAGAUACUACCGGUAUGAUAAAGCGUGUUUCCUAGUUCUAAGUUCUUGUCCAGGUACAGCAAUUUGCUAACUGAUGAAUCGUAC